AUGUUCUUCCAACAGAAGUGACGUCAUCAUCCACAUCCAACUAGCUCGAAGAUGGCGAAGAAAACGUAUGACUUGUUGUUCAAAUUGCUUUUAAUUGGCGAUUCAGGCGUUGGGAAAACAAGUAUUUUAUUCAGGUUUUCAGAUGACGCCUUUACAUCAACCUUCAUUUCAACUAUAGGCAUUGAUUUCAAAAUUAAGACUGUUGAAUUGCGAGGAAAAAAGAUCAAGCUGCAAAUCUGGGAUACAGCUGGACAGGAGCGGUUUCAUACCAUUACAACAUCUUAUUACCGUGGAGCAAUGGGUAUCAUGCUAGUCUAUGAUGUUACAGAUGAAAGAAGUUUUGAAAAUAUUGUGAAAUGGCUGAGAAACAUUGAUGAGCAUGCAAAUGAAGAUGUUGAAAAAAUGAUUUUGGGUAACAAGUGUGAUAUUGAUGGCAAAAGAGCAGUGAAUAAGGACAGGGGUGAAGCUAUCGCUCGUGAGUAUGGUGUUCCUUUUUUGGAAACAUCAGCCAAGGCCAAUACCAACAUUGACAAGGCUUUCAAUGAUCUAGCCACAGCCAUACUGGAUAAGUAUGCUGGCAAAGAACCUGGCGAUGCCCCUGACAGAGUCAUGGUUGAUCCACGUAGAGGAGACACUAGUCGAAGGAGUUGUUGCUAAGUUGCAUGACUCAUACCACAGGCCACCAUUUCAGGCACCCACCAAUUGAAUGGGAGUAAAUUCAACAUUUAUUUCUCUUUGUUGUGACUGAAUUUCUUUGUACCAUUGUUGGUAAAUUGUGUUAAAGUAGCCUAAUGGGGCUGUUACCAUGACAUAUGGAUUCUCUAAGAACAGUUUAGAGGUUGCUUAAACUACAAGUUAAAGCUCAUAUAAAUCCAACUGUUCCUUGCUGUGAAGUGGUAUGGUGAAAUGGUUCUGGAGAAUUAAAUGUCUUAGUCUGUCAUGUGGUGGGGAAACUUAUGAAGUGUGGCAAUAAGGUCAAUGCUUAGCAACAUCCCAGGAAUUGACUUUGUCCUUUCCUUUUGUCCUGAAUCCAGGGAGAUUGUUGACUGUAUCUACCAUGUACCCUGUACAAUUUGUUGUCCAACAUUCAAUAUCAGCUUUUCUUUUUGAAACUUUUAAUGAACACCAAGCCCUUUGUGAAGAUAAUCUAUUAAUUUCUAGACUACUUAUGGCUAUAGUUAGGGUUCCAGAGGUAUUCAGCAGUUAGCACAUUCUCUGGUGAUGGUUAAUGCAUUCCCUUUUAUAAUAGGUAUCGACCAGCGCUGCCUUUGAAUUAAUAAACCAAUAAAAGCAAAUGGCAGAUGCGGGAUGUUACUAAUCGUCUUAGGUUCUAGUCGGAAGACCCAACAUCGAGAAUGGACUCAUGCUACCGUUCCCUAGUUGACGUUUUGUAAAAGCUGGUACCUGAAAGAUUGGUGUCGGCAUUGCUUGUGCAUGUAGUGAAAAAUCAAGAGUGGUCACAGUAAUGUCCAUCUUGCAUCAUAGAAGUGAACAAAGAUUAGCUCUAUUUUUCUUUUGGGAUUCUAUCUUCCUGAACAUCAAAAUCUUAAAUCCAAUGUGAUGCUUAGAUUUUCACAACCUCUGGGUGCUAAGCAUAUUCAAUCAAAUUUGAGGCAAGAAUCUCGAGUGGGAGCAACUAACCUUGCCCCUCCUUUUCUGGAGAUUGUAAAUGCCACUGCAGUGUAGCAUUUUGCUCUGCAGGCCUCGCAUUUGAUUUAUUGUUAGAUUACUAACUGGUCCAUUGUGGCAUCUUUUGUUUCUACUGUACAGCUUCUUUAUACUUUAUAUAUAUUAUGUUGAUUCAUAUGUUCAGGACAUGCACAAUUAAUACUGAUUUAAUUAUUUGUGUAGUUUUUAGUGGAAGUGAAGUAUGAACCAUUUGGAUCUGUGAUAGAAAGCUUCCACUUGCGAUCAAAUUUAUUUUUCUUUUAAUUUUGUCUUGGGUAUUUCAGAACAUUCAUUGUUGUGAAGUUACCUUUACAUUGAAUCAUUAGUGCUUUAGUAGCUAUUCAUUUAAAUGGAAAUUCUGACCUGUUGAGCUGCAUUUUUGUCAUUUUGUUAGAGCUGUGUUAAUCCAUUUGCUUGUUGGUUGGUGUUUUAUCACAGCUUCUUGUGCUGCAACCCGCCUGCCUGCAAUGUUGUGUUUAUUUUAAAUCAGAUUUUGUUUUAGUAUAAAUGGUGUUUUUUUAAUAAUAAUUUUGGAGUUUCUUUUAAUUUUUUCCAUUUUAUUUGCGUUUAGAUUUCAAACACAAUGUAAUAAUGAAUUGUGAUACUUGAAAGUGGCGUGAGAGUCUGUCCUGUAAUAAAAGAAAAACUUUUGAUGGUUUUCGAAGAGAAACAGCAUGAUAUUUUAUUGAAAUUUGAUUGCGGAGUAUCAUGGCUGUAAUUAACUCUCAUUGCAAGCAGUGUACUGUCGAGUAUUCAUGCAAGUCAAGCUGUCUAUGGGUAAACAGUCUUUGACUAAAGAUAUUUGUGCCUUAACUCCAAAGAAUGUUUUAGAAUAUGUGAAGCAUCGAUAUUUUGGUGUGCUUUUUUUUUCUUAUCAACAGUCUUUAGCAUGUUCUCAUAAGGGGGGAGGGGGUUUGUUUCCAUUAUUUUUUGUCUUUUUUAUACCCCUUGGGUUUAUAAAAUUUUGGAAAGAUUAUCAGGUUUUUUAAGCUAGGCAAGCUUGAGAGGAUCAUCCUGAAGUUUUUACUUUUAAAAAAGCCUUCAAAUCACAUAGUACAUUUGCCCUUUGAUUAGUCCUUUACAGAAGUAUCCGAUGUGUUACAAUUGUGCCAAGUUCAAAAGUUAAGUGAACUUAAAGACUUUUACAUUUCAAAAUAAAUGAAUAGAUGAAUCGAAGUAACUGAUCACGGUGUUUUAGAUAAUGAAAAUGACUUUUCUACUUUAUUACUCAGUUUCAUGUUUAUACUAAUGGAAGGAUUUUUUAUGGGCCAGGGCUCACAGAAGCAUUUCUGCUCAGGAAACAAAAGGCUGCUCCUAAGAUUUUGUACAUGAAACAUUUUCUCUCAUGCAUUACAUAUGUAUCUCCUGGUUUUAUAACCAUUUGUAGCAUUUUUUUCAGCACUGAAGUCAAUCAUGUUGAGAAGUCAUGCUGAUUUGGGGUAAAAGGUAUGUCACAAACCAACAUUUUUUUGAAUAAAUUGUUCUUGAGAUGUGGUAUUUUAUUCAUAUAUAUAUAUACACAUGCCGGUUCUUGAUAGAGACAUCUUUAUAAAUGGCAUUGGGCCUUGACCAAUUAUAACAACUACUGUUCUCAUUGUUUAAGGUGUGGUUUUGCUCCCUUUCAUCUAAAAGGUGCACAACCAACCCUACCUUAUUCUACAACCCUUGAAAUAUACACAUAUUGCACAAAUGAUAUUUGAAGACUGAAAUUUGUAAAAUCUUGGCCUGUUGAAAGUUUAAUAGAGUGGCGCUCUAAUUCACUUUUGCUCUUUUUAUCCAUGUCAAAUCUUUGAGGUAAGAGUCAUGUUCAGUGUCUCUUGACUCCCGUGUAGUCCUUUCAGAGAGUGGAAUUCGUGAAUUAAUGUCUCAUGUUACCUGAUGCUGGUUGUUUUUUUGUCUCCAAUGAACUGAAAAAAUUGUUUAAGUUUCAUGCUUUCACUACUAUUCUGCAACUACUUUGGAAUAUUGUUAACUGAUAGAGUGAUGUCAGGUCAGUAUUCAAAGACCAUUGCUGCUUUGGUCAGAAUACUUACCAUACUUAUUAUCCUGUCACUAUGGUCCAUUUUAAAAUAAAGAUCAGCCUUUAACAA